AUGAGUCAUAAAAAUAAGUUUAAAAGAGAAUAUAAAGAUAAUAACGAUGAUAAUGAUAGUCGUGAUAAUGCUGCUGGUAGAUUUAAAAAGCAAAGAGUAGAUAAUAGUAAAAAUAAUGAUAAACAACAAGAUAAAUCAUGGUAUUUACCACGUGAAAAGAGUAAAUUAUUAAGACAAGAGAAACAAGUAAAGAAAGUUUAUGAUAAGAAAUCACAAAAGAGAAAAGAAUAUCAAGCAACACAAAAACCAGUCUCUAAUUUUUAUGAUUCUUUUAAAAAUGAUGAUCCAAUGUCAAGAUUUGCAUUGGGUGGACAUCAAACACAGUCUGAUGAUUUCAUGAGUAGAAAGAAUAGAGGUCAAAAGAGAUCGAAUAGACAUAAGAAAGAAGAUAGUGAUAAUGAGAAAGAAGAUGGUGAGGAUGUCGAACAAGAAAAUGAAAUUAAUAAUAAUGUUAAAGUGGAAAAUGAUAUAGACGGUGAUGAAGAUAGAGAUAAUGAAAAUGAAGAUGUCGUUGAUGAUGAUGAGGAUGAAGGUGGUGAUGAAAUUGUACAAGAAAAGAAUAGUAAUCCAUAUUAUAAAGCAACAACAACUACAACUACAUCAUCAUCAUCAAGUAGCAGCAGUGAUUCAAAGAAGAAGAAUCCCAAAUCAUAUAAAGCGCAGUUGGAUCAAGCUAGAAAAGAAUAUCAAGAGAGAAGACAAGAGAUGGAGCAAAAGAGAAAGGAGAUCGAAGAGAAGAAAGCAGAGAAUCUAAAGAAACAGCAACAAAGAAAAGAGAAAUCACUUCAGAUGCUAAAGAAAACAAAGAGAGGUCAACCCAUCAUGAAGAAUCAACUUAAUAGAUUACUUGCUCAAAUAGAAUCAUCUACUUCUUCCAAAUAA